AUGUUAAUCGUUCAUCGGCAGAUUCAAACAAAUAAUUCAAGUUUGGAAAUUACUCAUUUACAAGGAGUAGAAUCCACUGACGUCAAACCGGCAUCUGCAAAAACCAUCACCCUCCAUUCGAACGGCUCCGCCACAGUUCCAACAGCGACCACCCCUGACACAAGUAAGGAAGACUCGAAACAAUCGACCGUAGAUAACAGCGUCAGUGCCGCCGACGAGCACUCAGCCGACCCAACAGAGGCCCAGGAAGACCAACAGGAAGAAGAGAAAGCGGCCACGAGAAUCCAGGCCGCGUUCCGAGGACACCAGUCAAGAAAAAGCAUGAAACAACCGGCGGGCAAAGUGGAAUCGGCCGAGGCCAACAACACAAACUCAAACGAGCCCACUAGGGAAGAGCUGGAAGCGGAAUUUCGGUUGGACGAUGCUGAAUUAUGCCAUGCAGCAACCAAAAUACAGGCGUCGUUUAGAGGUCAUAUGACCAGAAAGAAUAAGGAAGACCAAACGAAAGACGCAUCUAGCACUUCGCAGGCAAAGCCUCAGGAUCCAGAAGAAGAACUAGAUAUUGAUCUCACAGAUCCAGAUCUAAACAAGGCAGCUGUGAAGAUACAAGCUUCAUUUAGAGGGCAUAUGACCCGUAAAGAUGAUGCUGAUAAAAAACCGACUAACUAAAUCUGUUUUACAGAAAAAGCUAACUUUAAAAUAACAGAAAAUCAACAUUUUUCUCUGCUAUGAUGACCAGAUGACUAUCUUUUUGGUUUAACGAUGGAGAGCUUUGUAGAGUCGAUUGUUAUAUUGAUGAAUUCUUGGUUCGAUUUUUUUAAUUAUUAAAAAAGAAUAAGUGUAACAAGAAAUUACAAUAGGCUGGCUCUAUAAGACGAUGUACGUACAUCAUAGAUUUACUAUCAAAUAACAUCCAUAAUAUUGUUUACUUUCGCUAGCACUAAAAAGUAGUAGAGAAAACUAUGAAAGUCGGCUAUUGCCUAAGACAGCAUGAUAUCCUUUAGAAGUUUUGUUGCUAGAAAAAAUCGGACAUUUUUACCAUAAAAAUUUUAAUUUUUCUUAUUCUUGUUUAUGGUCAUCACAAGAAUUCCGAGGUUUAGGAAGUAUAUAAAAAAUAUGUAAGGAUUUUAGAAAACUAGUGAAUAGGAGUAAUUAAUUGAAAUUUUGAUUUAGAUCUAAUAAUAGUAAUACUAAAGGUAGAGAAAAGUGUUGACUUUAAGGUUUUAACCUUAUACAUAUGUAUAUCCAAAUCCCACUACUCCAUGUUGAAAGCAAACUUGUGAUCCUUUCUUAAUUCUAUACCUAUUUAGAUAUAAUUAAUUAUGUAAUAAUUAUUUGUGGAUUUAAAAAUGAGUUAUUCAUAAAUUUUUUAUCUUCUAAACUCAAAACUAAAAGAAAACAAAAAUAUCUAAAUUUUAACAUAUGGUUAAUAUGUAGUUUGUAUACAAUAACACUUUUGUCUACACUUUAAAGAGAAAUGCUUACUGAGAGAAAUGCAGCACUAUACAAGAAAGUUAAAGAAAUUGCAGGACUAAGAAAACAAAAUUUCACUGGUGCAGUUCUAGAUUCACACGGGAAUACAUAAAAGAUACUCGACAGGUCGAUUUUUAAUUUUAAAUUAUGGUUUUUUUUACAUAUAUAUCAUACUGGUGACGUCAUCUUUCUGGGCGUGAUGACGUAGUCGAUGAUUUGUUUUAAAUGAGUGUGCUAGCUCAUUUGAAAGGGUAUUCAAUUCGAAGAAAUAGGUCUUAAUAUCACAAAAGGAGAAAUAUUAGACACAUUACAUUAAAAACAAUGACGCGUGGAAGACGCCGUGGACCUGACAUGCUGGUACCAUGUGCUAAAGUUACUACUAGAAGGCAUCCAUAACCAAAUAUAUCAUAAACUGAACAUAGACGUUAAUAAAAUAGCUGCGAGAGGAAAUUGCAAAUAGACGUAUAUGUAGAAUAGAUGAGAUGGAUAGGUAUUAGGUAUUAUCGCCAAUCCCUUUUAAUGCCUACCUGGAAGAGAUUCUAAAAAAGCUCUUGGGGGUGAAAGAGCUGGAAUAAAGGUAAAUGGAGGUGGCAUUAAUAACGCUAGAUAUGCGGAUGACACUGUCAUCAUAGAGGACAGUGUUGAAAAUUUUCAUGGACUGGUUACCAGAAGAGCGGUGUAUGGAAAAAAUAUGGUCUAUAGUGAACAUAAAGAAGACAUUUAUGAGAAUUUAAUUAUUAAAAACUUAAAUAAACAACGACAAUCUUCCAAUAAACAGAACCAAUAUCGAACGAGUUGAAAAAUAUGAAUAUUUGGGAAUAAUAAUUAAACCACAAGACUAAAAAUGAAGACUGCUGUGGAUAAGAGAUUUAAAGUUGGUGCUAAGAAUUAGCUUGAUGGGGUGCUACGUUUCACGACUUUGUUUCAUAGAAUGGAAAAUUUGACCUUGGAUGCAAAAACCUUGGCAAUGUUCAAUAAGCACAUAGAAAAUCAAAUAAUUGAAAACUUCAUCACAAACGAUAUACCUGUAUUCUUAAAAUAUGCAUCACUAUGUCGAGAAAAAAAAACUAUUCAAUGAAAGUUUACAUAUCAGAAAUGACAAUAAAUACUGAUAAAUAGUAGGUAUCAAAAUACAUAAAACUUAAAUUUUAUUAAGUUUAGUAACGUCGGGAAACUCCUCGUACUGAAACUUAUGACAAACAAAAAUAAACUCAUUUACCCUCCCCAUCUCCAUUGCUUUUGUUUAAAAGGGAAGUGUUUGAAGUAAUUCCCUUAAAGAUCAAUACAUAUUUCAAGGAACACAUGAUAUGAUUAAUAUUUUUAACUCCACAAAUAAUUGUAAGGUUAGAUACUUUAAGAAUAAUGCAACGCUGAUGAUACUUGAAACGAAGUAUAUGAUACCUAUAUAAAAUAACAAUGUAGAUAUAUCACUUAUGCAUUUUCAUGUAUCAUCAACAAUAUUCUAAAAAGUUCGCAUAUUAAAAACACAAACGUUUCAAUUUACCAGCUUUUCAAAAUCUGUCUGGAAUAUUCUGGAUGAUUUUUAAACAACUUAGUCUGUAUAUGUAUACGAGAAUUAACCAUUUGAUUAAAUUAAUUUGCUUAUUUCUUUAAAAGAUUUUAAAUAAAUGUUUAGACCUAACUUUGCUAUUAAAUUAAUUACAACGUACCUAACAUCAUUAUCGUCAUUCUUUUUGUUUUUAUUCCUAUGCGGUGUCGGCUUCUCUAAUUAGAUUUCUCUAUAUAAGGUACCUUGGUCCUUACAACAACAAUCCCCUUUACCAGGGCCGGCGAUAAUGGGCUUGAAAGGGAUGAACUGCAGGCGGGCGCCCUAUUUGGGGGGCGCCAAAAUGAGCCUUUUUGUGCUGGUGUUAUACAGAAUAUACUUACUAAUUUAAUAAAACCGAAGGGCGCCUGUGCUAGUUUUGCAGGCGGGCACCUUAUACCCUAGCACCGGUACUGCCCUUUACUAACAUGUCCUGCAUAAGCUUCUCCCCAUGUCUUCUUUGGUGUUCGUUUACUACUCUUUCCAGGAUCUAGUAGAUCAGCCAUUGUUCGUAUUCGUAUUGGGUGAUUAGAGACUCGAUGUUGAACAUGCCCGAAACAUCAACAUCCCCUAGACUUCCGCCAAUACACUAAUUCUUAAUUUUAUUCCUUUUUGUGGCUCCAAUUAUCCAUCUAAGCAUUCCCGUUUCCGUUAGAUGCAUUCAUUGUUCUUCUUUUUUUCUUAACUGGCCAACAUUCAGUUUCUUACAUAAUAGCUGGUUUUAUGACAGUUUUGUAGAAACUUCCUGCCAGUUUCAUUGGAGUCUGUGUCAUACGACACAUCACUUGCUUCCUUCCAUUUCUUCUUCUUGUGGGGCUGUCUCCUCAAGUUGAGGUUAGCGAUGACACUGUCAAGUCCCUGUCCAAUGCGGCUCUACAACAAAGAUGUUGAAUUAAGGCCGGUCCAGUCUUUGAUACCGGGAGGCGCCUACCGGGACCCCGUAUUCCUUCAAUCUUGCCCUGGAUAUCAUACCUAAAUGUGAUAAAUCGCUAUAUCAAGUUUAUACUGAGGCCGAUUAUAAUGUAUUGUAUCCAGUUUAUAUAGAAUCCGAUUAUAGUGUAUUGUAUUGUAUAUGCUCUCGUAAGUACUGAAAUUUGAAUUUUCCUAUACUUGAGAGUAACUAGUACUACUUUGACUACGAAUUUUGCGUACUUCUAAGAAAAAAGUCAGAUAGCAAACCAUGGCAUAUAUUUUUCCACUUGCUAUUAGGGUAGUGGGUUCUAAAAAUCUAUAAUAUAGCGACUGUGGCUAUAGAUCACUUUAAGUUAAAAGUACAUUUUCUGAUGCAUCAUGAGUCCUUCUGUCACCUUUGAUUAAGGUUUUUAACACGUAUCAAAAAAUGCGCGUAUUUAUUUCAUGUUUUUUCCCUUUUUUUUUAGCGGUAUUUUUUUAUGUUGUUGUUAUAUUGCUCCACUGUCAAAUUUACAUUUUUAAUUCCAGCAUUUCUUUUCCCCACCCUCUCACCCCGUUGAUGAUUCUACAAAGAGUUUUGUGUCCCAUGAACGGUACCUAGGUACCUAGUACCUACCUAUUUCUGUCCAGUUUUCCUAGCUUUUUAAGUUAGUCCUCAUCUGCUCUAUUAUAAACAAGGAUCCAAAGGAAGGAGAGGUUUUUGGAUAAAAGGAACUGACAUUCCCUACAUAACCUUUGUUCUAAAAUUUUUUACAUUUUGUUUACGUUCAUAUUUUGUAUAUAUUAAAAUCUACCAGAAUAUUCCUGUAAAACAAAGAUUAUUAUUUUCAGAUUUACUGAAGUUAAGUUGAAAUUCCGACUAGAAGUAAGGCAUACAAGGUAUAGUUAGUUAACACAUCGCUUAUGAACAGUACCUACUUACAGAUUUAGGGUUUCUUAUAAUUAUAAAAACUACAUUUAAUCCUUGUAAACGCACUUUGUUAAAGUAUACACCUUGUAGCUUCCCUCGGUACUCGGUAUAUAGAUAUAUAUUCGAAUUUGUUGCUUCUUGUGUGUAAAGAAACAGAGCUACAUAUUUUUCGAAUUUGAAAUGAUUUGUUUAAUUAAGCAACUGAAUCAUGUAACAUAAUAAGUUAUAUAGUUCUCUUCGAUUCUCGGUAGUACAUGAAGAAGGUAAACAGUAAAUCUGAUAACAAGAAAUAAAUGUAAAAAGUAUAUAAAUAAGAUCAUACUAAAUAAAGAAUGGAAAAUAGAAAUGCAUUUCUGCGACCAAUAAAAAAAUUAAAAAUCGAAAUACAGAAAAUACAGGAUAUUAACAGAAAACGAUCUUAAUAACAAUGUGAACGAUUUUAAAAAAGUGACUAGAAUGAUAAAUGAAAACUAAAAAUUCAUUGUCAGCCGCAUUUCUAUAGGUAAUAUUCUUUACUACAUAAAAGACACUAUGUUACUAAAAAUUUACAGAAAAAUUAUUAACAAGCUUCUGUUUACCGAUGAUAUUGUCCUCAUUGACAAUGAUUUACACAAAGCCGAAGUACUGCUUAAGAGCACACAGUAGCGAUCAACAGGUAGCAACAAACGCGUUCCAAGAUUGCGGCUGAAAUUUUGAAUAUUUUGUCGAUAUAUUUGGCACACAUAUUGGUAAUAUAAUAAAGAAUGGCGGUACAGAGCCCAAUUUCAGAAAUAUAUUAGUAUGUGGAAAUUACUCUAUAACUAAAUAAAAUAUUGCAAAAAGGAGCCCAUAACGCCAUUAAGAAAGGCAAGAAAAUAAACUUUCUUCAAAUAAACUUUUUUAUCCCGUGACUAGAUUUUGUGUCACAUUGGAACUACUAAAAAUCGAUUUUUUUAUAACAAGAAAUCGAACGUCACUGACUUGGCAACAUUUCGCGCCUAUGUGUAUAAAAAUUAUUGUUUUUUACAGUAUAAACGUCACUGUUAGUGUCGAAUUACCGACGCACUGUUGCCUCACUUUUGAAAGUUCGCAGAACUUUCGCCAUCUUGGACCGCGUUUGUUGCCACCUGUUGAUCGCUACUGUUUGCUCUUAACAAUCUUUCACAGGCAACAACAGAAGUAGAAUUGCACAUAAACAAAAGUAAAACAAAUUUUAUGACAAGUUGUGUCAUCGGAGGAAUCAUAAAAUUAAAAAAACAGCACCGCAGAAGAUAUUACACAAUACAGAUAUGUACCUUGGUCACGACUUAAAGAUCAUCAGAGACAACCAGACACAAGAAACACAAAAAAAAUGGUCUAAUAGGUUGAGUUGCAUACCCACGUCAUAUCGACGAACACGUUUACUGCUGAAAUUCCUAUGAACCUUAAGUGAAAGUUAUGCAAUCAAUGCAUGCAUCCAGUUAUAAAAUAUGGGUCCGAAACACUAACGCCACUAAAAAUAAUGCAAAUAAACUGAAAAUCGCAGAGGGUAAAACAAAAAGAUCAAUAGUAGAAAUUAAACUUAAAGACCGCUUUAAAAACGAUUAGAUUCUCAGAAGAACAGAAAUAGAGGAUCAGCGAUCAGCGAUCAUCAUCGAUGGACUAACAAGUGCUUGAAAUGGAGACACCGUGAAAAUAAUAGAAACCGGUGAAGACCAGCGACGCGAUGGAAACUGGAUGCAACUUGCGCAAAAUAGAAUUCCUUGAAGGAGUAUGAAGGAGACUUGUAUCCAGCAGUAAUCGCAAGAAGCUAGAUGAUGAUCACACAUAAAAUAUACACUCACCGGCAGAGAAAACGGGCACCCCAAAAAAUGGGUCAUUUUUAAUGUCUUGUAUUUCCUAAACCUGUUGUCCGAUUUAAGAUUUUUUUUUAAUAUGUUAUAGCCUUAUUCUUUAUCAAUAUCGCUGUGAUAAUAUUGUUGCUAGACAGGUACAUUGUCAUUGUAUACAGGGUGUACGAAUCAAACUGUGUUUUUUUCUCAAACUUUGGAACACCCUGUGGAAUGUUCUAGCUUUUAUAAAAUACUAAAAUUAAAACCCAAGUAUAGCCACAGAUUUUCUUAACAUUCUGUUUUUUUAUUCAUUCGCUUAUGUUGGAUAAUAAAAAAGUUAGGCACUUUAACAACUACCCCUGUUUUUCGUCAAUAUAGGGUGUUUUUCAAUAAGUACGGCAAGCUUUAAGGGGUAAUUCUGCAUGAUAAAAUAAUGACAGUUUGCUUUAUAAACUUAUGCCCGCAAAUACUUCGUUUCUGAGAUAGGGGGUGUUGAAAUUGUUCUUACAAACUGACGAUUUAUUUAUUGCUCUAAAAAGGUUUGUGAUAUGCAAAUGAAAUUUGGUAGAUUUUAAGAGCUAGUUAUUGCGCAUUUUUUGGCAUUCAAUUGAGAAUUUGAUAUUCACCAUUGGCAUGCAUACGGGAUAUAUCUAUAAUAUUUAUACCCGUAUGCACGCCAAUGGUGAAUAUAAAAUUCUUAAUUGUAUGCCAAAAAAUGCGCAAUAACUACCUCUUAAAAUCUACCAAAUUUCAUUUGCAUAUCACAAACCGUUUUAGAGAAAUAAACAAAUCGUCAGUUUGUAAGAACAAUUUCAACACCCCCUAUCUCGGAAACGAAGCAUUUGCGGGCAUACGUUUAUAAAGCAAACUGUCAUUAUUUUAUCAUGCAGAAUUACCCCUUAAAGUUUGCCGUACUUAUUUAAAAACACCCUGUAUUAACGAAAAACAGGGGUAGUUGUUAAAGUGCUUAACUUUUUUAUUAUCCAACAUAAGCGAAUGAAUCAAAAAACAGAAUGUUAAGAAAAUCUGAGGCUAUAGUUUGGUUAUAAUUUCAGUAUUUUAUAAAAGCUAGAACAUUCCACAGGGUGUUCCAAAGUUUGAGAAAAAAACACAGUUUGAUUCGUACACCCUGUAUACAAUGACAAUGUACCUGUCUAGCAACAAUAUUAUUACAGCGAUAUUGAUAAAGAAUAAGGCUAUAACAUAUUAAAAAAAUUACUUAAAUCGGACAUCAGGUUUAGGAAACACAAGACAUCAAAAAUGACCCAUUUUUGGGGUGCCCGUUUUCUCUGCCGGUGAGUGUAGAUGACACCAAACAGAAUACAAGAAUAAAAACUACAUUUUAUUGACAAAAUGUGUCCUGUUUUUUAUACAGGAAUUAGUCAGGAAAGAAAAAUAUGCACAAUAUUGUGUGCCCAUUUAUUGGACGAAGGUAAGAAUAAAAUCACGAAUCACUUUCAAUAUGUUUGUGUAGGUUUCUGAAAAUAAUUUUACAGAAUGAUUUUUUUUAUAAGGGUAUAGUACCUACACAUUCCGUGAUGGUAUUUUAAUAUUACAAUUAUCAAACUUUAACAUAGGAAAAGCCAAGAAAAGAGUCAUUAUGAGAACAAAUUAGUAAUCAAAAUAUUACAAAAAUCAUUCCUUAUUAAUCAUCAUGAUUCAGUUGUAAAGAAUUUAGAUGUACAAACAUAGACGCUAAAAUGAACAACAAAAAAUUUAUUAUUCGUUGAUAGAGUUUUUAUUGCGUUUGUAAUAAAUAAAAAUUUGAUCGAUUUAAUUUUAAUAUAACAUUGAAAUCACAAACACUUUAGAACCACAAAAUUUACAACUAUGAUCAGGACAAUAUAGGAUUAGAGCUGUUUGAUAUCAAGUUUUAAAACUGAUGUUAGCAGCCUCUAAAUUUAUUAAGUAAAUCUUUGGUUGUAAACCCAAAUUGCUAAAUAAAUGCUCUAUUUAACUUUUAAUACGUUGACGGACAGAACGUCUAUAGACGUCUAAUUUCCAUUGAUGUAUGUAAUGUCACACAACGUCUAUAGACGUUGCAUUUUGCCCUAUUCUACUUUGCAAAAUACAUAUAGUGUCACAACACUUGCUUAUACAUUUGACGCACUGUCCGUCAACGUGUUCAAUUUCUAAAUCGGAAACUGUUGCACAAUUUAUUUAACCAUUUAUAGUUUACUUUCAAAAAUCUUUUUUGAAAACAGCUUCUUGAUAUUGGAAAUUUCAAGAUUAAUCUACAAAAACAGAUACAUACUGUAGUUGUUAUUGACAAUUUAGUGUGUAGGUAUCAUAAUGACGUACUCUUCUUGACAUUUUAUAAGUAAUCCUGUGAUGGAAUAGGUGUGUAAAAAUAGCAGAAAUCUAUGUUUGUACAUUAAAAAUAGUUUAGAUUUUAAUUAAUUGUAUAAAGUAGCAGUUAAAUUUAACCUAAGCUGGUGUAAAAAUAAAAAAGAUAGUAAAUAAUCACCUUGUAUUUGUAUACGGGAUCAAAUCCAACAGGUCAAGAUGAUGAUAUACGUAUUUGUGAUUAUUAAUAUAAUUUUAUAUAUUUAAACGUUGACUGUAAUGAUUUUGUUUUAAGGUAUCUAAUAAAUUCAUCAAAAAGGUGAUAAA